AUGGACAAAGGAGAAUCCCAAGCAAUCGAUGGAAGCCACACUAAUGUUGAAGAAGAGCAAAUUAUGGCCAAUCACAGUAACGAUUCGAAGAUCCGUUACGCUCGAUACAACUCGCCCUUUUGGCAGAUUGUGAUAGUCAGCUUUGUCGCAUUCGGAUGCCCUGGCAUGUACAACGCUCUCUCUGGUAUUGGAGGAGCUGGUCAACUAGAUACCACCACAUCGGCCAAGGGUCACAUCGCGCUCGCCUCUGUGAGCGCAGUAGGAAACAUAUUCGUGGCUCCCAUUGUGACGAAUAUUCUGGGCCCAAAGUGGACUAUUUUCAUCGGCGGACUGCCAUACGUGCUUUAUGCCGGAUCGCUGUUGGCUUACAACCAUACCUCAAACCAGGGUUUCGUCAUCGGUGCGAGUGCUAUCUUGGGUGUUGGUGCCUCGUUGUUAUGGAUUGCACAAGGCUCGAUCAUGACCGGGUAUCCCUUGCCACAGCAGCAUGGAAGGAUGAUUGGAAUUUUUUGGAUUAUAUUCAAUCUUGGUGGAUUCCUUGGCUCCAUGAUCUCCUUUGGGUUGAACUUCAGCUCUGAGAGCGGCACGGUCUCCGACGCGACAUACAUCGCAUUCAUGUGCAUCAUGGCUGGUGGCUGUCUCUGUGCACUUGCCUUACUCAACCCGUACAAUGUCAUUCGAGAGGAUAACUCUCGCGCUGCAGUCUCAAAGAAACCAGGUGUUUGGGAGGAAUUUAUGGGGCUGCUGAAGGUCCUACGUGACUGGAGGGUGAUCUCUCUCAUCCCAUUUUGGAUGGCUGCCAACUACGCCUACAACUAUCAGCAAAACACCUACAAUGCAAAACUCUUCACUCUUCGCACCCGCAGCUUCAACGGUGGAAUGUACUGGUUGGCCCAGAUGGUGUCCAGUUAUAUAUUCGGCCUUUUCCUCGACAACCAGUACAUGAACCGCCGUCAGCGUGGCAUCUGGGGUUUCGCCAUCAAUGCCAUCAUCUCGAUGGUCGUGUGGGGCGGUGGGUUGGCCGCCCAGCUCAAACGCGGGCCCAAUAGCGACUAUUACGCCCUGAAUGAGAUGGACCUGAUCUCGUCUGGUGGCAAGUACGCCGGUCCAUUUUUGUUGUAUUUCUUUUACGGUAGCUUCGACGCUAUCUGGCAGACGCUGGUCUACUGGACGAUUGGUUACCUUUCGCACGAGUCCCCUGAGCAGGCAGCACGGUACGUUGGGGCGUUCAAAUGCGCCGAGGCGGUAGGCAGCGCUAUCGCAUCCAAGGUCAAUUCGGAAAAGACAAACUACAAUGUGGAGUUUGCAGUAGAUUGGGCGUUUGUGGUGCUGGCUUUGGUCUGUGCUGUCCCAUUUGUGUGGUCGAUUCAAGAUGCACCUCCGCACGAGGGUCAGGAGACGGUUUACGUCGAGGGUGAUAAAGGGGAACCAACUGGAGCGAGCGCGUAG